UACGAUCGUGCGGAGGUGCAAGAACGCCGGAGCUUUUCGACGCGAGCUGAUUUACGUAAAAUCGUGCUUUGAAGAUCUGGUGUUAUUUUUUUCUCUGCGGUAGUGUUACGAGUGCAUUUGUUUGAAGUUAGUGUUUGAAGUGUGUGAAAAGUUCAACGAUUAAAUAUUUUGGUAAUGCUGUGAAAAGUGUUGUGAUGCAGAAGAAUACAAGCCCACGACCAUAGGGCACGGUUGUGUGUUACAUGUGCAUAGUGAGUGAUACAUGAAGUAUGGGUAGUAAACAUACUUUCGCAGAUAAGUUUCACCGAGUCAACUACAUCUAACACCCGCUUCAAAACGAUGGGCGUUCUGCGCCAACCCGUAUGGUCAUGAUCGCCAACAGGAAAACAUCGUUCUGCCGCCCUGUAUGUGCAGCGUUCCGGUACGUUUCAUCUAACAAAUGAUGUUAUUAGUGUGAAAAAUGUGCUCACCUUGCCCGUGCAUCCACUGUUGAAGAGACACGCCGAUGCAGAAUAAUCUGGUUGGAGUGUGGUUCUUCUGCUGCUACACACGAAUUCAAUCUAUUCCUUACUUUCCAUAACACAACUUCCAGUCGCUUGUCCCAAAAGCGAAAGAAGUGGGCAAAGCUUCUCUUGGUCGUUCGCAGCGUUCGUUAAGUGAUGAAAAAUAGUUGCACGCGAGUAUUAAGUAAUUGCAUCCUGGGUUAGCGCAGAAAGCGUGCGCACGCAAUGGCGUCGGCCGAUCGAUCGCAGGAAGCAGGAUAAAUCACGCUAAUGAGGGGUUGACGAUCCGUCACAUCAGAUGGCGAUGCUAGGACAGGGAUGGAUUGACUGACUUUUCGUCUCCGAAACCAGUUCUAAAGCUACAGCUCUGCCAGUUCGGAUGUGAGCGAAAGAAAACGUACCAAAAAAAAGAAGGGAAAGGAGAAUUUUUGGCCAAGCCAAAAAACCAAAACGACAGCCAACCAGAUCGGGAAAAGCAGUCGCAAUGAAAAUUCGACAAAGCAACACCAAAUCGUCCACGGUUCACGCCAACUUUGCUGUGUGCAGUGUGAUGUGCACCGGGCAGUGGUGCAAGUGAAAUUUACAAUUUCUCAAGAAGAAAUCCCCCUGACACAGGGGCACAAGCCGGCUGUCGUGGAACGUAGUCGUCCCCGGGCUUCGUUACGAUUGUCCUGUGUUGGAUGUUGUUUUUUUUUCUUUUUGGUGACACAAACGCUUUUUGGUGCAGUAGAUGAAACGGAAGGCAUGUGAAAACACAGAGCGCAAAAAAAAAACACAGAAAACCGGGAACAAAAUUCGUGGCGACAUUUUCGUCUGAUUAUGCCCACGGUGAAUGAGGGAGCAGUUUAGUUGUUGGGGCUUCUUGAAUAUUCCAACCCUCCGCAUCGUUCCCGCUCAGUGCGACGGAUCCUCAUCGCUGGUUAAGGUGAGAAAGCGCAAGCUGGCAAGCUGGCCCCCAGUCAAAGGCUACGUACGAAUGCUUGCCCUACACAUCGAUCAACUCACUAAAGCUCGCCUCCCGAAAACAAACAAACGACAAACAGUCAAACCAGUUCCGUCCAGGAGUUGACAUGGUGACAUGUUGCUGCCGGACCAAACGUACGAGCAGGCGACCCUGGGUCAGGAGCGACUGAGAAGCUCGUCAGCGUACAAUGACGGCGGCUUUCCUCGGCUGUUCGCACUGAAGGAGCUCGACGUGAAGCGGUUGCAGCAGGAUCUGCGUGGUGCCCGUCUCUACGUCGAUGGUAGCGUGGGUGCGGAAUUGGCGGGCGUACUCGCGAAUAAUGAGAUGAAAUUUGGCAUUCGAACGCUGGAGGAGAAUGGCGAAGGUAGUGGUAGCAGCGGUGUCGGUAGCUCGGGAGAGGCGGGUACCUCGAGGGACGGUAAGCGACAGGAGCUUGAUGUGCGUCUGUCGAUGACAAAUGGUGGCAGCAAGCACCAUGCUGCUGAAAAGCUACCCAUGCCAGAGGAGUCCACCGCACUAUAUCUCGAUUCGGCGAGCCUGUGGAGCGGUCGGGCUCCAUCUGCUAUGGCGAUCGGACAUUCCAUUAAUAAAUCUGCCCAAUCCAUCGAACGAGGAUGCAAGACGAUCGAUGCUAGAAGUCGCAUGAAGAAUAGUCAAAUGGUGGCACCACCAGCGCGGAUGAAGGAUCAUACGGAUCGUGGCAUUGGGCUGGAAUCAACGAGCUCCCCGGGCAGUAGCUUAAGCUAUUCGAGUAACUCUAGCGAUGAUGAUGAUUUUGUGGAUCCUGAAGGUGCAUUAAGAUCGCGAUUGAGGCAGCGAAUGUGCCACUCGCGGAUGGAUGGUGAGCCAGUCGAUGUGAAGGAAUUGUCACCUGACGCACCUGCUCCGCCGGACGGUCCUGACCCGGGUGAACGUGACGAUUACGACAAGACGUCGGAUUUUUUCAACAACAUUCCGGAAUUCCAGGGCGAAGCAUUGGGCCCGUUCAGCAUCACGGCCAAGCGCACCGAACCGGACUGGGGCAGCAUACGCACGAACGUGGACAUUUUGCGCGCUUGCGAACUUUUCCUGAUGCGGCACCGGAUGCGGCCAGACUUCUUCUGCAAGUACAAAACGGCAAUGAAUCCGCCAGUGUCUGCUCCGGCAUCGUUUCCUUUGUCCCGUUCGCGAACUCCCAUCGAUGUGCGGAAACCAAAAAGCGUGUCACCACCGAUGCAAAGACCGGCGUCUGGGGCCCACGGACCGAUUAGCUUCUCGCGUGCAUCGGCAACUUUGCCGCACGAUCGAAGCUCGGCCGAUCGCCCAGGACCGAUCUACAGUGUACCAAAUCGCACCGGCAAGAAGCGGCGGCCAACUGCGGACUUGAGAGCUACGAAUUUCAUCGUAGUCACCGUGUUGUUUUACUGCUCAAAUUGAAAUUAAU